AGUUCUAAAAAGCUAAGAACAAGAAACAGGAAGUCGGGAAUUUGAACGUUACCGAACCGUAGCUAUUGGUUGUUUGGUUGUCGGGUUGGGAAAUCGUUAUAGAUUUUGGGCACUUCAAAGCUUGCUUGAGCUCUAAGAAAUGGGCGGCGGUGGCGGUGGCGGUGCUCAAAGUAGAGAGUUAGAUCAAACUCCGACAUGGGCCGUUGCCGCUGUUUGUGCAGUCAUCAUUCUCAUUUCCAUCAUAUUGGAAAAAGUUCUUCAUAGGGUUGGAGAGAUAUUUCAAAGAAAGAAAAAGAAAGCAUUGUACGAGGCGCUCGAGAAGGUUAAAGGCGAGCUUAUGGUUUUGGGAUUCAUUUCUUUACUCUUAACAUUCGGACAAAACUAUAUUGCUGAAGUUUGCAUACCCUCAAGGUAUGCAAAUACCAUGUUGCCUUGCCCUUAUAGAGGGAAAUCACAUCAAAGCUCCCAUGGCAUCGAACCCGAAGAACACGAGGAAGACGCCCACGAUCACCACCGUAGGCUUCUUUGGUACGAGCAUCGACGUCUCGGCGGUGGUGGUCACGUAGAAAGUUGCAAACCAGGAUAUAUGCAACUUAUAUCUCUAAAUGGUUUGCAUCAAUUACAUAUCUUCAUCUUCUUUCUAGCCGUUCUCCAUGUUGUCUUUAGCGGCAUAACGAUGACUCUCGGAAGAUUGAAAAUUCGUGGAUGGAAAGUAUGGGAAAGACAGACUGAACUAGAACAUGAAGCCAUGAACGAUCCUACAAGGUUCCGACUUACUCACGAGACAUCGUUUGUAAGAGAUCACAGUAGUUUCUGGACCAAAACGCCCCUCUCCUUUUACUUUGUAUGCUUCUUUAGGCAAUUCUUUCGGUCAGUUAGUAGAGCCGAUUACUUGUCUCUUAGACAUGGUUUCGUCACGGUUCAUUUAGCACCUGGGAGUAAAUUUGACUUCCAAAAGUACAUCAAAAGGUCAUUAGAAGAUGACUUCAAGGUGGUCGUCGGAAUCAGUCCUCUACUAUGGGCAUCAAUGGUGCUUUUUCUGCUUCUCAAUGUUAGUGGGUGGCAAGUUAUGCUUUGGGUGUCCAUAUUUCCUCUGGUGGUGAUCCUAGCCGUCGGAACAAAGCUGCAAGGAAUCAUAACACAAAUGGCGCUUGAAAUCAAGGAAAGGCACGCAGUGGUUCAAGGGAUUCCCCUCGUCCAAGUCUCCGAUAGACACUUCUGGUUCAGUUGGCCCGUUUUGGUUCUGUAUCUCAUCCAUUACGUCCUCUUCCAGAAUGCAUUUGAGAUUACAUAUUUCUUUUGGAUAUGGUAUGAAUUUGGAUUGAGAUCAUGCUUUCACCAAAAUUUUGAUCUUAUUAUCGUCAGAGUUGCCCUUGGGGUUGGAGUACAGAUUUUGUGCAGCUACAUUACACUCCCAUUGUAUGCUCUUGUCACUCAGAUGGGAUCGACUAUGAAGAAAUCCAUAUUUGAUGAACAAACUUCAAAAGCAUUGAAGCAAUGGCAUAGAAGUGCUUUGAAGAAAAAGAAUGAAGGGGGAAAGCCAGAUCCAAUGCCAAUGCGAACACUGGGCGGGGGCGGAGGCGGAGGCAGUGGAAGCCCUCCCGAGUCACCGUCGGAAGACUCGCAUGAGUUCCAGCAUCAUGCAGACCCUCUACGACCACCCAACGACGUCGAAGCCUCCGCUGUUCCUUCGGCCAACAUAAUUGCCACCGUCGAUCUUCAGCAACAGCAGAAUUACGCGAACCGUGACUUGUUGAGCUGAUCAAAACUAUGUAUUAUUUAAUGAGCCAAGAGGCUUGAAAGAGGGGUUGGUUUGUAUAUUAAACACAUCUCAGAUAUGUUGUGUCUCAAGCUUUGAAAAGAUUUGGGAAUUGCAAUUCUUUUCUUGUAAAUCAUUAUGAGCUCAACCUGC